CCGAGUGUCAGUCCCACUGCCCUACACUUUUGUAAGAAUUCACACUAGAAUCUAGUUUCAUAUCAACUUUUUGGCUUGUCAUUUGGAGAAAACGGUACUGUGUUCUCACAGACUCUCUGUGUUUGAACUCUGGCUGUGCGUAUUGAAGAGCAGAGAUGCAGCCCCCGCCCCGAAUGGCCCCUCCAGGAGCCUCUGGGCCCCCUCCAUCAUCCACUGCGGGCCCCAAUGCUUUCAGGAGAAACAGACCCUAUAAACAUGGAGUUGCUGCUGCCAUGGCAACACCUGCCUCUCUCACCCAGCCCAUGACUGACCCCUUUGCCUUUGGGAGACAGGCUCCACCUCCUGUGUCAAUGGGUGCCCAAGCCCCGCCUCCGAACAGCAAUCCCCAUUUUAUGCAAGCCCUUCCUACUCCUAUGGGGUCUGUCCAGACUGCACCAGGUGCACAGGCACUCCCUCCUGGUCCCCCACCUUCUUCCUCCUUUGCCCCAAAUCCUGACACCUCACAUCCUUCCCUGGGCCCAAACCCCAACUCCACUGAGUCACACUACUUUAACUCAAGAGAGCCACUGCCCUACAUAUCACAGUUGCCUAACCCCAUUCCUUCUGUCAGCACCAGCCAGUCGCAGCCUUCCCUUGCAGCUCCACCUCCUCAAAGCCAAAGUACUGGGCCCUUACAGCUACAGACCGUGCCUCCUGCACCUUCGCAUUGGGUGUCUGAUCAUGGGAGCCGCCCACCAUCUGUUCAGAACUAUUUCCAACCAACCAGUGAUCCCCCACCUCAAACUUUCAUGCCCUCUGCCCAAUCACAGGCCCCUCCUCCCGCCCCAUCCCCACAUCCUCCAGUUCCGCAGAACCAGAGCCAAUCAGCUCCAUCAAAUUUCAGUGGGCCGCCUGUAUCCCAGCAACAUAACUCUCACUUCUCUGCCCAGAAUUAUUUCAGUCAGGUUGGGGGAGGUCCUCAGGAAUUGUGGUUUAACCAGACCCCUCAAGACCCAGCCCAACAGGGAUUCCCCAUUCCGUAUGCCCCCGCUGCCAGUGACCCUGGAACCGUCUCCACGUUCUUCCGAGGAAAUGAUGUGGAGAAUGAGGAGACGCUGUCUGGGGAGGGGCACGUUAAUGGGGUGGCUCACCUUCCCCACAAAGGUGCUGAAGCUCCCAUAGCGUAUCUGAAGGAUGGUGGGGCCAGCCAAGCAGUUACAGGCCAGUGUGAUUCGGUGGAGAACCUAGAGUGCAUCCCAAACCAAGAGGUGCUGCCCAGUGAACCGCAAAGCCAUAGCUAUGAGGCAGGACCCAAUCUGGAGAUGCCUGACUCUGCUCCUCGCACCACCCGCUCUGCAAGCGUAUCAUCCAGUUACAGCAAUGUGAGUCACAGUAGUGGCCCCGUUCCCCAUGGUGGCGGGCAUGUGCCUCGGCGGCAGCAGGGUGUUGUGGGAACGUUUAUCCAGCAGGAAAGUCCUCGACCCCCAGACCCACCCACCACACACCCUGCCACCUCCACAGGAUAUUUUGAGCAAAUUGACUCCACCCCUGCUCCAGAAGCUAGUCCAACCUUCCCCACCCCAAGCCCGCCUAAACCAGUGGGUGUGUUUCAGGCGAGCGCUAACUCCUCUUUUGAACCCGUACGUUCACAUAGUGUGGGGGUAAAACCAGCCGAGGUUGACCGUGCACGCAUGGUCAUGGAAAGGACCGGGGCCAACCCAGUGCCUGGUAACCUCGAACAACCGCCAGAUAACAUGGAGACAAUCUUUCACACAGGAGGCGCAGAGCGCAGACCCUCAUCCCGAACCCAGGGUGUACAGCGGCCCUGCGAAAGCCCCGCCACCACACUCUGGGCACCGAGUGAUGCUGCCAGUCUAGGAGCUAACAUCCUAUUGGCUCCCGCUGCACCGCCUCUUGCACUUGCCCCGCCUCGGCAACCUAGCGCAGAGGUCAUCCAACCCCCAGAAGAUAGCCCACUUGACCUGCAGCCGGCCAGGCAGUACCAACGCCCACCUUCAGAGAACCUAGAAAACCCGCCAGACUCUACCACCCAGGCAAGUCUGGGUUAUGCCUCCCUUUUGGUGGCCACACCUCCAGUUGAGGCUCUUAACCAGCCUGUCCUGAUUGCCCCACCUUCCUCCAAUUACAGUGUAAUUUCUCCGCAGUGUCCUGCUCAAACAUCCAGUCAAAUCAGUCCAAAAGACACAUCUCCACCCGGUUGCCUGCCUCCCCCUGUGGCAAAUUCAGUGCCGCAGGUUCCUCCAGCUACCAAUCAGCCACCUCUUUUCCCACAGACACCAAUGAGCUUUCAGCCUCCUUGUAAUCAGAACCCACUGAACCUGGCACGUGAGAGCAAGGAGGCCCCAAAUCCUGCCCCUUUGACCCACCCAACUCUCUCCAGAGCCCAGUCACUGAGAGGGGAGGGCCAGGGCAGCUCUCCUUCUAAUUCUCAAGAUUCUGCUUCUGCUACCAAUCAGAAACAAUCCUCAAAUUAUGAGCUGCUUGAUUUUUCUAUGCACCAUCCACAGAGCACAAAUCAGCCGUCUAGUUCGCCCCUCUCUCAGUCAGCCCUUCCUCCUUCUGUGGCUGUCAAUAACACGCCUGGCUUCUACCUGCAGGUGACCAAAGACACGCAGCAGAGUGGGCGGACAGACAGCGAACCCCCACAGCAAACAACGUCUGACCCUGCGCGCCCCCCUAGCAAUCAACCAAGCAACACCCCUCCCAGCGCUGACCACCCUACCAACCCACCUUCAUCACAAUAUGCUCCUCCUCCUCCUCCUCAAGCCACAUCCAUUCCACAGGGAGCCCCUCCCCCUGGACAACACCCCUCUUACCCCCAGCAACCUUUGAGUUCAGCCCCUGCAGGUCCUCAAGAGCCCCCACGACCCUCCUCUGCCCUUGGCGCUCAGCAAGCAUAUCCCCCUCCUCCUGUCCCCACACCAGGGUACGGUGGCUAUUACCCUGGAGGAUACCCAGAAUACCCAGACAGAAGAGCCCCCUACCCACCUCACUACCCACCAGUGGACCCCAGAGCACAGACCUAUUACCAGGAGGACCCAUAUCGAAGAGCAGACCCCCGAUACGGAAGGUUUGAGGGUCAGAACCCCGCCUACCGGGAUGCUGAACGACAGCCUGACCGACCCAGCUCUAGAGCCAGCCAGUACUCAGACCGACCCAGCUCCAGACAAGGGUAUUCAGAGGACUACGCCAGGGCAAGCCGCAGUGCCUACGAUGACUACUAUGCAGAUUACUAUAAAAACUAUGGAGACCGGAGCAGAUGGUAUGAUCCUAAUGCGGCAUAUGACCCACGUUACCGUGGUUACUAUGACCAGUCCUACAACUGGUAUAACUACGACGCAGAGGCCUACCGGAGAGGAGACCCUUAUUACAGUCAGCAAUACUCCAGCAGGAGGGAGGGCUACGACGACCCCUGGCGAUAUUACCCUGGAUAUGACUCAAGUUUCGAUGAUGAUUAUCGACGCCAGCGAGAUCCGUACGGAGACGACUUCGACCGGCGCAGUGUACACAGCGAACGGUCCAAUCACAGCCUUCACAGCUCACACAGUCGACGUAGCAGCUUCAGCUCCCGCUCACAACAGAGUCAGGUGUACCGUAGUCAGACUGACCUGGUGACAGCAGGAUAUGAUACCACAGGGACGACUUUACCUGUCGAUUAUUCCUACAGUCAGUAUCCCCAGGCACAGGAUACACACAACUACAGUCAGCUGCCGUAUCCUUCAGCAGAUACAACGUGGACCAGCCCAGAGCAACCUCCUCCAAGGCCUGUGACACCAGAGAAGUUUUCUGUUCCUCAUCGCUGUGCACGGUUUGGUCCUGCUGGUCAGCUCAUACUGGUCCAGCCCAAUCUGCCAUCAGCUGGCCAACCAGCGCUGGUGGAACUCCACAGCCUCGAGACGAUAAUGCAGGAUUCUCCUGAGCAGAGCGAGUUGCGAUCAUUCCCUGGACCACUCGUCAAGGAGGAAACACACAAGGUGGACGUUAUUAAGUUUGCCCAGAACAAAGCCCAGGAGUGUAUGCGAAAUGACGACCUCAUUGACAAGGACUCAGCCUACCUCAUCUGGGAAUUUAUAGUGCUGCUCUGUCGACAGAACGGGACGGUGGUUGGUACAGACAUUGCUGACCUGUUGCUAAGAGAGCAUCGCUCUGUGUGGUUGCCGGGGAAAUCGCCCAAUGAGGCGAACCUUAUCGACUUUAACAACGAGGCGUUGGAGCAGCCGGAGGAGGCGGAGUCAGGGCCGCUGUCCCUCCUAUCAGACACUUUUAUGGUCGUCCCGGAGAACGUCGGUAAAGAAACCGAACGCUUCCGCGAACUGCUGCUGUUUGGCCGCAAGAAGGAUGCACUGGAGUCUGCUAUGAAGAAUGGGCUUUGGGGCCACGCCCUGCUGCUAGCGAGUAAGAUGGAUAGCAGAACACAUGCACGUGUCAUGACCAGGUUUGCCAACAGUCUACCCAUCAACGACCCUCUGCAGACAGUGUACCAGCUCAUGUCCGGCAGGAUGCCUGCAGCUGCCACGUGUUGUGGGGAUGAGAAGUGGGGUGACUGGCGCCCCCAUCUGGCUAUGGUGCUGUCCAACCUCACACACGCUCUGGACCUGGACACACGCACUAUUACCACCAUGGGAGAUACUUUAGCCUCUAAAGGACUCAUGGAUGCAGCUCACUUCUGUUACCUGAUGGCUCAAGUGGGUUUGGGUGUUUAUACCAAAAAGAGCACCAAGAUGGUCCUCAUCGGAUCCAACCACAGUUUGCCGUUCAUGAGAUUCUGUUCGUGCGAGGCAAUUCAGCGUACGGAAGCUUACGAGUACGCCCAGUCUCUGGGUUCACAGCCUCUCUUACUGCCAAAUUUCCAGGUGUUUAAAUUCAUCUAUGCAUGUCGUCUGGCGGAGGCUGGGCUUUGCGCUCAGGCCUACCAUUACUGUGAGGUCAUCUCCCGAUCACUGCUCUCCUUACCAGAGUACCACUCACCUGUGUUCAUCAGUCAGCUCAUACAGAUGUCUGAGCGGUUAAGGUUUUUUGACCCUCAGCUGAAGGAGAAGCCAGAGCAGGAGCUCUUUCUGGAGCCGGACUGGAUGCUGCGUCUCAGACAACUCAAUCGGCAAAUCAGGGAUGGUGUGAUCUCAUUCAGUGGGGACAGAGGAACUCCUCAGCCAUUUCCCUGCAGCUCCCCCAGCUCAGAGGAGCAAUCCAGCCAUCCUGACUCCUCAGCUAUGACCUCUGACCCCAUGAACCCCCUUAUGACCUCUCUGAUGCCCCAGCCAGGACCACCUGCACCAGGGAUACAGCUCAUGCCACCAGCUCCAUCCACCAUUUUACAGGAUGGCAUGGUUCCAAUGCAACAGCCUCCGCCCCCUGCGGAGCCGGUUCCAUUUUACCCGGUGCCACCUGGUCAGGUUCAGCACGGGUACCCUCAGCCAUACCCGAUGGAGCAACAAGAGAACCAACAAACCAUGCCAGUUCAGAUGCCUCCACAGAUCCCCACACAACCAGCCACACAGGUGCCGCUUCAAGGACCCCCACUAAUGCCCCCCGGUAUGCCGCCGCAGGCACCUAGCGCGGAGCAGUCGUCUCCCGUCCCUCCCUCUCCGCCGCAUCUACCCCAACUAUCACCCCCUGCCCGCGGUCCACCCCCUCAAAUGGACUUCUACGACCAAAUGGCCUAUAUGGGUCCAGGAAGGAGAUCCAGAACCACCUCACAGUCUUCAAUGCACAUGGGGUCAGGUCGUCGCUCCCGCACAACAUCUGAGUCAUCCAGUCACUCAACAGGACGAGAGCGCAGUGGUUCAAUGGCCAAUCAGAGCUCUCCUCCCCCUCCCCCCAUCCCUGAGACUCCUCCCCAACAGGAAGCACCCAAGAAAACCAAGAAGGACUCACCCCAAAAGGGCGGAGGUGUCACGUGGCUGAGGUGGUUCUCUCGAAAGGGGAAAAAUGAAGCUCAUCUUCCAGAUGACACCAACAAAUCGAUUGUGUGGGAUGAGAAGAAACAAAGAUGGGUGAAUUUGGAUGAACCAGAGGAGGAGAAUAAGCCCCCUCCUCCUCCUCCAUCUAUUCACCAAAAACCUGCUCUAGGGGGUCCAAGUGUGGGGCCUCCAGGUGCAGGACCACAAAUCAACAUGUUCUCUAGAAAAGCAGGCACCAAGAGCCGAUAUGUGGAUGUGUUAAAUCCAGGAGGUUCUAAGCCAGCCAGUGCAGUGCCUGCCCCAGCUGACCUGUUUGCUCCGCUGGCACCAAUGCCCAUGCCUACCAACCUCUUCACUCCUGCUGCAGUUCCUGAUGAUCAGCCAAUGGAGGGCAGUGUACCAGACAGUGGAGAAAACAAAGAACAGAGUCAGCCCACUGCUACAGUACCACAGAUGUUUAAUCCAACGCUUCUGCCCCCUGGUCCAGACGGGACUCAGUCAGGGGAGCUCUCGCGUUCUAGCUCAAUGAGUUCUUUAUCACGUGAAGUGAGUCAGCAUUUAAACCAGGUACCACCAGCUGGGUCCGAUACUGCUCACUCACACAUACUGCACAUGUACGCACACACACACAUACACACACUUAUACACGCACACAUCCCUCACAAAAGUCAUUUUGUCCUUUAUCGCCACAUGCUUGCUACAGCCAUGCCUCCAGCACGACUCCUUAACGCUUACCUUUAACUGUGAGCCCUGAGUCCUGAACUCUGAUUGGAUGGGAGCUCAGCCAAUAUGAAGGGCUCAUGUACGCGAAUGAGCCGUGCUGAAGACUGAAGGCGCCGCCCUUUGCACUCUCCCCUUCCCUGCUCUCAUUAACUGCUCAUGCACUGCAUGCUAAUCAUUUACAUCAGUGGGCAUGGCAUUACGUGUAUCCAUGGAGACGUCAUAGGACAGCUUUG